UAGGGAACUCUUGAAGAUGGAACAGAAUUUGAUAAUAGUUACAAACGUGGGGAACCUCUUUCCUUUACGCUAGGCUCUGGACAAGUUAUUCGAGGUUGGGAUCAAGGACUUUUAAAAAUGUGUGAAGGUGAAAAGAGAAAACUUGUCAUACCCCCAGAUUUAGGUUAUGGCUCAGCUGGUGCCCCACCAACUAUUCCAGGUGAUGCUACUCUAGUGUUUGAAGUGGAAUUAGUGAAGAUAGAGAGAAAAUCUGAACUAUAAUUAUGCAUUUUAGGUGCAGAGAUACACAUUUUAAUUUUAUUUGUAAUUUAUGCAAACUGCAAAUAUUACAUGAUUAAAAAUAAAAAAUCUUAAUUUUUUUAGUCAUAAAACUACUUAAGUAUAUUGUUAAUAUUUAUGUGUUUUGGAAAUUAAUUAUGAAAUUACAUUCCAUGGUAGCAGAAAAUUACAUUAUGCCUUUAAAAUAAUUUAAAAUGUUUUCUUGUCUGUGUUCAGAUUUGUUAUAUUGUAUCUUAUUCCAGAGAGAGAGUUGUGAUAAUGGUUUAGGAGCUAAACUUUAAAAUAGCUCUGGAAUUAUUUUGUAUUUAAUUGCGAUUUUAGAUUUAUAUUUCUAAAAAAAUUAAUAAUUAAGCAGUAAUUUCUAUUUACAAAAACAACAACCCCCCCCCCCAAAAAAAAAAUUUUUUUUUAGUUUAUUUACUUUUUGCAUUUAAUGUUUUCAGUUCUGAAACUGAACAUAAAAUGAUUAGUUUUGUCCACCUUUUAUAAACUAUCAAUGGUUGUGUAUGCAAUUGUUAUCUUUGUGUAGUGGAUUUUAUUCUUGCAAUAAUAAAAGAUAAGAAAAAUUUUA